UGACGAGUCAAAGCUGCUCUCUAUACUUCCAGGAAGUUUCCUAAAGUUCUCUUUUCUCUCUCUUUCUCGUUCGUUCUCUUCUCUUAUUGUUUGUUUGUUUGUUUUCUCGAGAAAGUGACGGGAAAAUAAUCCGGAAGAGAGAGUGAGUAUUCUCUCAUCAAACUACAAAAGGGAGAGAGCUGAGUAAUCAUCCUGAAACUUUCCUUCCGCCGAUAAUUUGAGGUCAAAGGGUUGUCUGACUUGUUAAAAACCAACUUGGAGAAGGGUAUAAAUGGGGAUGAUGAUGACAUACUGAAAAGGAAAUCUGCUUUUGGAUCAAACACAUACCCUCAGAAGAAAGGGAGGAGUUUCUGGAGAAGAGUUGAGAUUUCAAUUUACGACAUUGUGGUAGGCGAUGUCAUACCCCUCAAUAUUGGUGAUCAGGUACCUGCUGAUGGAGUUUUAGUUGCUGGCCAUUCCCUUGCAGUUGAUGAGUCCAGCAUGACUGGAGAGAGCAAAAUUGUUCAUAAAAACUCCACUAAGAAUCCAUUCCUAAUGUCCGGCUGUAAAGUUGCAGAUGGCAAUGGGACAAUGUUGGUUACUGGGGUAGGGGUCAACACUGAAUGGGGCUUACUUAUGGCUAGCGUCUCAGAAGACAAUGGUGGAGAAACACCAUUGCAGGUGCGCCUGAAUGGUGUUGCAACAUUUAUCGGGAUUGUGGGGCUCACAGUUGCUGGCCUGAAGGGCUUCCGUUGGCUGUUACCUUGACUCUUGCGUAUUCCAUGAGAAAAAUGAUGGCAGAUAAAGCUUUGGUGCGUAGGCUUUCUGCUUGUGAGACCAUGGGGUCUGCAACAACAAUUUGCAGUGAUAAGACUGGAACUUUGACCUUAAACGAGAUGACUGUUGUUGAGUGUUAUGCUGGGUUCCAAAAGAUGGAUCCUCCGGACAGCAGCACAAAAUUGCCAUCUGCUUUUACAUCCAUACUUGUUGAAGGAAUUGCUCAUAAUACAACCGGCAGUGUCUUCCGAUCUGAAAGUGGUGAGAUUCAGGUUUCUGGAUCUCCGACAGAAAGAGCAAUUCUUAAUUGGGCGAUAAAGUUAGGAAUGGAUUUCGAUGCUCUUAAGUCUGAAUCUUCUGCUGUACAAUUUUAUCCAUUCAAUUCAGAGAAGAAACGGGGAGGCGUAGCAGUGAAAUCAUCAGAUUCGAGUGUCCAUGUUCACUGGAAAGGUGCUGCCGAAAUUGUUUUGGGUUCCUGCACACAAUAUAUGGAUGAUAAUGAGAGUUUUGUAGAUAUGAGUGAAGAGAAGAUGGCUGGCUUAAUAGAUGCUAUCAAUGAUAUGGCUGCAAGGAGUCUGCGUUGUGUUGCAAUUGCCUUCAGAAAAUUUGAAGUGGACAAGAUUCCAACUGAUGACGAGCAACUUUCUAGAUGGGUAUUACCUGAGGAUGAUCUUGUAUUGUUGGCUAUCGUUGGUAUUAAGGAUCCUUGUCGCCCAGGUGUCAAAAAUUCAGUUUUACUAUGUCAACAAGCUGGAGUCAAGGUUCGUAUGGUGACGGGUGAUAACAUUCAGACUGCCAAAGCAAUUGCAUUGGAAUGCGGUAUAUUAGCUUCAGACUCUGAUGCUAGUGAGCCUAAUCUGAUUGAAGGAAAAGUAUUUCGAUCCUUUUCAGAAGAAGAAAGAGAUAGGAUUUGUGAAGAGAUAUCUGUAAUGGGUAGAUCAUCACCCAAUGACAAACUUCUUCUUGUACAAUCGCUGAAGAGAAGGGGACACGUCGUGGCUGUGACUGGUGAUGGAACCAAUGAUGCUCCUGCACUGCACGAGGCAGAUAUAGGACUCGCUAUGGGUAUUCAAGGCACCGAAGUUGCAAAGGAAAAGUCAGACAUCAUUAUCUUGGAUGACAACUUUGAAUCCGUUGUGAAGGUUGUCCGUUGGGGUCGAUCUGUGUAUGNUUGUUGGCUAUCGUUGGUAUUAAGGAUCCUUGUCGCCCAGGUGUCAAAAAUUCAGUUUUACUAUGUCAACAAGCUGGAGUCAAGGUCCGUAGAGAUCUCAUUUGCUUCUUUCCNCUUCUUUAUAAUCCACACAAAACUUCUCUGGGUCAAUCUUAUAAUGGAUACUCUUGGGGCUCUUGCUUUAGCCACUGAACCACCAACCGAUCACUUGAUGGAUCGAUCUCCUGUUGGCAGAAGAGAACCUCUCAUCACAAAUAUCAUGUGGAGAAAUUUGUUUAUACAAGCGAUGUACCAAGUGACAGUCUUGUUAAUCCUCAAUUUCGAGGGAAUAAGUAUCCUUCAUCUGAAGAGUCACAAAAACCCAGAGAAAGUGAAGAAUACCGUUAUCUUCAAUGCGUUUGUCAUCUGCCAGAUCUUCAACGAGUUCAACGCACGGAAGCCAGAUGAAAUAAACAUUUUCCGUGGAGUUCUCAGGAAUCACCUUUUUGUGGGCAUCAUCUGUAUCACCAUUGUGCUCCAGGUAGUCAUUGUCGAGUUCCUUGGAACAUUUGCCUCAACGACUAAGCUUGAUUGGAAGAUGUGGCUCGUCUCGGUUGGAAUCGGUUCCGUCAGUUGGCCUUUGGCGGUAAUCGGAAAAUUGAUACCGGUUCCAGAAACUCCAGUCAGCCAAUACUUUAGAAUAAACCGGUGGAGAAGGAACUCAUCAGGUUAAUAAUUAGUUUGAAAAGAGAAAGCGGUUAAAUACCUAAGGUGGGUUAGUGGUAUCCAACUUGUGAAUACUUUUACUCUCUUAGUCUCUCAGUAUUUUCGCAGACGGCUUCUUCGUUUUAAAAUCAAACAAAUGAAAUAUAUACCUAUUUUUGUUUAGUUGUUGUUAAUCCUGUUACCUUAAUCCUUAAAUGCUAAGUCUCUACACAAGGAGGCUUCAUUU